ACUCCCUGCUGAGGAACUGGCGGGGAGACAAAGAAAUGGAAAAGUGUAAAGAAGUCACCAUGUGAUGUGAGCAGAGAGGUUUUUGGCAGCGGGGCUGAAUUAAGACCAUAAUCCUUUUCAGAAAUCAGUCAAAAGCGGAACUAUUCACCGUAAACAUGAAAUUAAAAGCAUGAUGCAGUAGUGACUGAGAAAGAAUGUGAGUUCUUUUCCAGGGCCUGCAGAGAGACCUGUGGAUGAACUGUUUCUAGAUUCUGGUUCCAGCUUCCUUGUGAACCUCAUGUUCUCAGACUCCUGUGUUAGUUUCCUGUUGCUGCUGUGACAAAUGACCAUACACUUGAUGGCUUAAAACAAAACAGACUUAUCAUCUCCAGUUUGGGAGCAUUUGGGGGCUCCUGAUAACAACUGCACAAACUGAAGCCUGUGGAUAAAAGCCUGACUGGGUCCCUCACUCCCUGUCCAGAUGAUGGUCAGAAUGAACAAGAGGCACAUCAGCGUGGGUCAGCAAACGUGGGCCCUUCUCUGCAAGAAUUUCUUGAAAAAAUGGAGGAUGAAGAGAGAAACCCUGUUGGAAUGGCUUUUCUCACUUCUUCUAGCAUUAUUUGCAUACCUAUUAUCCUUCGAUAUGUAUCAAAAUAGUGACUUUCCUCAAAUGCCUGCCAUGGAUCUGGGACGCGUCGAUAAUUUUAAUGAUUCUAAUUAUAUGAUUGCCUUUGCACCCGAAUCCAAAACAACCCAGGCGAUAAUGAACAAAGUGGCGUCAGCCCCAUUCAUGAAAGGAAGAACAAUCGUGGGUAGGCCUGAUGAAAAAAGCAUGAAUGAAUUGCAUUUUAACUAUUCUGUAGAUGUAGUGAGAGUCAUCUUUAAUGAUAACUUCUCAUAUCAUUUGAAGUUUUCCUGGGGAAGUAGAAUCCCCGGCAUGAAGGAACACAGAGACCAUUCAGCUCAUUGUGAAAUGGAGAAUGAGAAAGUCACAUGUGAAGCUUCGGUGUUCUGGGAGAGGGGCUUUGUAGCUUUUCAAGCUGCCAUAAAUGCCGCUAUCAUAGAAAUCACAACAAACCAUUCAGUGAUGGAAGACCUCAUGUCAGUUACUGGUAUAAAUAUGAAGAUACUACCUUUUGUUGCCCAAGCAGGAGUUAAGACUGAUUUCUCCAUUUUCUUUUGCAUUUUGUCCUUUUCUGCAUUCAUAUACUAUAUGUCAGUCAAUGUUACACAAGAAAGACAAUACAUGAAGUCAUUGAUGAUAGUGAUGGGACUUCAAGAGUCAGCAUUCUGGCUCUCCUGGGGUUUGAUGUAUGGCGGCUUCAUCUUUACUAUGGCUACUCUGAUGGCUCUUAUUGUAAAACACACCCACAUUGUCGUCCUAACUGGCUCUGUGCUGGUCUUCACCCUCUUUCUCCUCUAUGGCCUGUCUUUGAUAACUUUAGCUUUCCUGAUGAGUGUGUUGGUCAAGAAACCUUUCCUUACUGGCUUGGUCGUCUUUCUCCUCACUGUCUUUUGGGGGAGUCUGGGAUUCACCGCCUUGUACAGACACCUUCCUGCCUUUCUGGAGUGGACCUUAUGUCUUCUCAGCCCUUUUGCGUUCACUGCUGGAAUGGCCCAGCUUCUACAUGUGGACCAUGACGUGAAUACUAACAUCCAUAUGGAUUCUUCAAACAACCCAAACCUAAUAAUAGCUACUCUUUUCAUGUUGGUGUUUGAUACGCUUCUCUAUUUGGUAUUGACACUGUAUUUUGACAAAAUUUUGCCCACUGAAUAUGGACAUCGGCGGACUCCCUGGUUUUUUCUGAAAUCCUCUUUUUGGUUUCAACAUCAAAGGACUGACCACGUGGCCCUUGAGAACGAAAUAGAUGUUGAUCCUUCAUCUAAUGACUCUUUUGAACCAGUGUCCCCAGAAUUCCAUGGAAAAGAAGCCAUCAGAAUAAAAAAUCUUAAAAAGGAAUAUAAAACAGGAAAGCAUGAAAAAGUAGAAGCUUUGAAAGGUCUGGUAUUUGACAUAUAUGAAGGCCAGAUUACUGCCCUCCUUGGUCACAGUGGAGCUGGGAAAACGACCCUGUUAAAUAUGCUCAGUGGACUGUCAGUCCCAACAUCAGGUUCGGUCACCAUCUAUAAUCACUCACUUUCGGAAAUGACUAACUUGGAAACUGUCAGCAAGCUUACCGGAGUUUGUCCACAAUCCAAUGUGCAGUUUGGCUUCCUCACUGUGAGAGAAAACCUCAGGCUGUUUGCUAAAAUAAAAGGGAUUCAGCCACAGGAAGUGGAGGAAGAGGUACAAAGAAUUUUACAGGACUUGGAGAUGGAUACUGUUCAAGACACCGUUGCUCAGAAUUUAAGCGGCGGACAGAAAAGGAAACUAACUUUCGGGAUUGCCAUUUUAGGAGAUCCUCAGAUCUUGCUACUGGAUGAACCAACUGCUGGAUCAGACCCUCUUUCAAGGCAUCGUGUGUGGAACCUUCUGAAAGAGAGGAAGUCAGACAGAGUGAUCCUCUUCAGUACCCAGUUCAUGGAUGAGGCUGACAUCCUGGCUGAUCGGAAGGUGUUUAUAUCCAAUGGGAAGCUGAAGUGUGCAGGCUCUUCCCUAUUCCUGAAGAAGAAAUGGGGCAUUGGCUACCACUUGAGUCUGCAUCUGAAUGAAAUGUGCGAGCCAGACAAUGUAACGUCGCUUGUUAAACAGCACAUCCCAGAUGCCAAAUUAACGGCACAAAGUGACGAAAAGCUUGUGUAUACUUUGCCUUUGGAAAGAACAAACAAAUUUCCAGACCUUUACAGGGAUCUUGAUAAAUGUUCUAAACAGGGCAUUGAGGAUUAUGGUGUUUCCAUGACAACUUUGAAUGAGGUGUUCUUGAAAUUAGAAGGCAAGUCAACUGUUGAUGACUCAGACAUUGGAAUUUGGGGACAAUUGCAAAGUGAUAGGACAAAAGACACAGAAGGCCUUGUUGAGCUGCAACAACUUUUGUCUUCCUUUAAUGAAACAAAGAAUGCAGCCAGUGGCCUGGCUCUCUGGAGGCAGCAGACCUGUGCAAUAGCGAAAGUUCGCUUUCUAAAGUUAAAGAAUGAAAAAAAAACUCUCAUGACCAUAUUAUUGCUUUUGGGUGUUAGCUUCUGCCCUCAGUUUUUGGAACAUGUAUUCUAUGAGCUGUAUAAGAAGAGUUUUUCUUGGGGGCUGUCUCCUAAUAUGUACUUCCUCUCACCGGGACAACUGCCUCACGCUCCUCUGACCCAUUUACUGCUCAUCAAUAAAACAGGGUCAAGCAUUGAAAACUUUAUACAUUCACUGAGAAAACAGAACAUAGCUUUGGAAGUAGAUGCCUUCGGAACUAGACACGGCCCAAACGAGCCGUCAUACAAUGGUGCUAUUACCGUGUCAGGGGAUGACAAGGAUCACAGAUUUUCAAUAGCAUGUAAUACCAGAAGGCUGAAUUGCUUUCCUGUCCUCAUGGAUGUCAUUAGCAAUGGGCUGCUUGGACUUUUUAAUUCUUCAGAGCGCAUUCAGACGGACAGAAGCACAUAUAUCGAAGAGCACUUGUCUGACGAGUAUGGGUACAUGAGUAAUGUCUUCUUCUGGAUCCCUGUGGCAGCUUGUUUUACUCCUUACAUUGCGAUGGGCAGCAUCAGUGACUAUAAAGUAGAGCCCUUAGCUGUACAAGGUUUGAAGUCUCUGUCUUCCAAAAGUCAGUUCACUUACCACAGCCCUGUUGUUAUUUACUUGUCUUUCCAGAAACCAGUCAUCAUCGCCAGCUGUCUACGGAAGGAAUAUGCACGGAAAAAGAAAAACUGCUUUGCCAAGAGGAAGAAAAAAGUGGCCAUAAGAAAUGUUUCUUUCUGUGUUAAAAAAGGCGAAGUGAUUGGUCUGUUAGGACACAAUGGAGCUGGUAAAAGCACAACGAUUAAGUUGAUAACAGGAGACACAAAACCAACCGCAGGUCAGGUGAUUUUGAAAGGCAGCAGCGGCGGGGCCCCCUUGGGGUUCCUGGGGUACUGUCCUCAGGAGAACGCGCUGUGGCCCAACCUGACGGUGAGGGAGCAUCUGGAGGUGUUCGCGGCGGUGAAAGGGCUGAGGAAAGCGGACGCCGCAAUCGCUAUCACACGGUUGGUGGAUGCGCUCAAGCUGCAGGACCAGCAGAAGCGUCCCGUGAAGGCCUUAUCGGAGGGAAUAAAGAGAAAGCUGUGCUUCGCGCUGAGCAUCCUGGGAAACCCGUCGGUGGUCCUGCUGGACGAGCCGUCCACCGGGAUGGACCCCGAGGGGCAGCUGCAGAUGUGGCAGGCGAUCCGAGCCACCUUUAGAAACACGGAGAGGGGCGCCCUCCUGACCACCCAUUACAUGGCAGAGGCUGAGGCUGUGUGCGACCGCGUGGCCAUCAUGGCAUCCGGAAGGCUGAGGUGUAUCGGUUCCAUCCAGCACCUGAAGAGCAAAUUUGGCAAGGAUUACCUGCUGGAGAUGAAGGUGAAGACCCCCACCCAAGUGGAGCCCCUCCACGCUGAAAUCCUGAGGCUUUUCCCCCAGGCUGCACGGCAGGACAGGUACUCCUCCCUGAUGGUCUAUAAGUUGCCUGUGGAGGAUGUGCGACCUUUAUCGCAGGCUUUCUUCAGAUUAGAGCUAGGUAAGAGCCACUGUUUAGAGAUAAGACUCUGGGAAACAGCUACAUUCAGAUCGUGCCUAAAACCAAUAACAUAAUGAACAGGAAAUUGUGGUAUUAUGCCACAAAUCAGUUAUUGAGACUUAAUCCAGCGGUUCUCAACCAGGGGCGAUUUGGCAAUAUCUGGGAUAUUUUGGGCUGCCACGACUGGGGGUGGAGUUCAGGGGUGCAACUGGUAUCUAAUAGGUCAAAGUCAAAAAUGAUGUAAAACGCCCUGCAAGGCAGAGGUCAGCCCCCUCCCGCAACAAAGAAUGAUUGGCCCCAAAUGUCGUUAGUGCCAAAGUUAAGAAACCCUGUCCUAAUCGAAUGAGGCUCUAGAGGGAACAGGUCAUGGCACUUGGGACUAGAGAGUGCCCACCAAUUCAUACAAACAGAAUGACGCACAUUGGAUUUGAUCUCUGUACUCUUUGAUAGCAUUAGAUACUGAUAAGGGGUUCCUCUCUGCAUAACUCUUUUCUAGGCCUGUACUUUUUUUUGCCUGUUAUCUGUCUUUAGAAGCCCCAGGCAAUCCUAGUUCUUAAAGAGAUGCCUCCCCUUGAGACAAGCUUACGACUGCCCCAGAUAGGUCUUUGCACUUUCUGAUUCUGCUGGUCACCUUCACUGCUGGUCCAUUUUCCACACUGACCAUUUUAGCCUUUCGACCAACUUUGCAUGAUUCCCAUGGGAAGGAUUCCCACACGGGUUCAGAUCAACAGGAAGGGUUUUAUAAUUAAUUAGAAGCAGGGAGGGAGCUAUUCCAGAAAGGCUGGCUUCCUGCAAUACAAUGGAGCCUUUUCUUAAGAGCCUUCUUAUGUCUCUGCUUUCAAGAAUGCCCCCUCCCUCCUUGAAUUCCUUCUGAUGUGCUUAAUUUGCUGAAACUGAAGUUCUUAUUUGGGGGGGUGGGGGAACAACUUUUUAUCAGUUUCCUACCCUAUUCUGUGAAGAUUACACAAAGUACAAAAUAUUGAAACGUAAACUAGCCUUUUUUUUUGUACAAAUGUUAAGUUAGACACAGUUACAUUCUUAGCUGCAAGACAUUUAUUAAACUUAUGAGGUUGGCCGAGAAAAGGCAUGCCUCGUGAUAAUUCCUUGCAGCUACGGAGACUCAUUCUUCUAUACCAGCAGGUCACUUUUGGGUAACACGAACGCCAGCAAAUUUUGCUUCAGAUGUGAAGACUUGAAGCUAGGAAGGUGGGAUGGUCAGCAUUCUCUCUCUUCUGACCCUACUUCCUCUACUCAUAGGAUGGUGUUUUGCGCCUCUCCAGGGCGGAAUGUAUGGGAAGGGGAGAGGAGAUAAUACGGCAGGGAAGCUUGAUUUGAUCAUUAGAGCUCUGCUGUGGCACCAGGGCCUCCUGCGUAGAGGCAAACAAUCACUGGUCUUUUCUCUCAUGGGGUGCUGUGGAGGGUUCCUUGAAGACUCCCUCUCCCCACGCAUCUGUAGCCUCUGACCACAGUUUGCCGGGCUGGGUGAUGCCCCCUCCUGUUGGUCUCCUGUGACACCUUGCUGUCCCCGGCCCCUUCUUGGAAUCUCUUUACCCUUCUAGGAGGUCCUCUAGGGGUACCUCCCACUGGGCAGCCCAUGAGAAACAGGUAUAUUCUUUGCUGCUCCAAACCCUGAAAAUACAGGACUGUCAGCCAUCCACACCAUUUUUUCUUUACACAGUUCCAGACAUGAGUC